CCGAGCCAGGUGCGCACGUCCGCGCCGGCGCUAGGUUUGCUCGGCCGGCGGGGAGAGCGGAGCAGGCGCGCGGCCCGGCGGAGCAGCCGACUCUGGAGCAGCCGGAGCUGGAGGAGGAGGAGGAGGAGCGGCGGCGGGGAAGGAGGAGGAGGCGGAGAGUCGCUCCCGCCGGCCGAGCAUGGGGCGCCCGGCGCCGAGGCCGCUGCUGCUGGCUCUCCUGUCGCUGGCUGUCUGUCGCGGGCGUGUGGUGAGAGUCCCCUCGGGCACCCUGGUUCGGGUGGUAGGCACCGAGCUGGUGAUCCCUUGCAAUGUCAGUGACUAUGACGGCCCCAGCGAGCAAAACUUUGACUGGAGCUUCUCGACUUCGGGGAGCAGCUUUGUGGAGCUUGCCAGCACUUGGGAGGUGGGCUUCCCCGCGCAGCAGUACCGGGAGCGGCUGCAGCGGGGUGACAUCCUGCUGAGGAGAACUGCCAAUGACGCUGUGGAACUGCACAUAAAGAACGUCCAGCCCUCCGACCAAGGCCACUACAAGUGCUCAACCCCGAGCACAGACGCCACUGUCCAGGGCAACUAUGAGGAUACAGUGCAGGUUAAAGUUCUGGCAGAUGCCCUGGUGGUGGGCCCCAGCUCUCGGCCUCCUCCGGGCCUGAGCCUGCGUGAGGGGGAGCCUUUUGAGUUGCGAUGUAUCGCAUCUACCAUGUCACCAUUGCACACUCACCUGGCGCUUCGGUGGGAACUGCACCGUGGCCCAGUGCAUCGCAGCAUCCUAGCCCUAAGCCACGAGGGCAGGUUUCAUCCAGGCCUUGGCUAUGAGCAGCGCUACCACAGUGGGGACGUACGCCUGGACACAGUGGGCAGUGACGCCUACCGUCUCUCUGUGGCCCGGGCGCUGUCCGCAGACCAGGGUUCCUACAGGUGUGUGGUCAGCGAGUGGAUCACAGAGCAAGGCAACUGGCAAGAAAUCCAAGAAAAAGCUGUGGAGGUGGCUACUGUGGUGAUCCAGCCGACAGCUCUGCAGUUGGCUGUGCCCAGGACAGUGUCCGUGACUGAAGGAAAAGACCUGGACCUUUCUUGUAACAUCACCACAGACCGUGUGGAUGAUGUCCGGCCCGAGGUGACAUGGUACUUCAAAAAGACACCGGAUACCUCCUUGCUUGCCUCGCACAUGCUGGCUCGGCUGGACCGGGAUUCUCUGGUACACAGUUCACCGCACGUUGCCCUCAGCCAUGUGGAUACCCGCUCCUACCAUCUACUGGUGCGAGAUGUCAGCAAGGAAAACUCUGGGUACUACCUCUGCCUUGUGGCCCUCUGGGCUCCAGGGCACAACAGGAGCUGGCACAAGGUGGCAGAGACUGUGUCUGCCCCGUCCAGUGUAAGCGUGACCUGGCUAGAACCGGAGUACCAGGUCUACCUGAACGCAUCUAAGAUCCCUGGGUUUUCAGAUGACCCCACAGAACUGCAGUGCCGGGUGGUGGACACGAAGCGUGUGGAGGCCGGUGUCCGACUUACCGUGUCAUGGUACUACAGGAUGAACCGUCGCAGCGACGACGUGGUGGCCAGCGAGCUUCUCGCCGUCAUGGAUGGGGACUGGACUCUGAGAUACGGGGAGAGGAGCAAGCAGCGGGCCCAGGAUGGGGAGUUUAUUUUCUCCAAGGAGCACACAGACACGUUCAGUUUCCGCAUCCAAAGGACUACGGAGGAAGACAGGGGCAGUUACUACUGUGUUGUGUCUGCCUGGACCAGGCAGAGAAACAGCAGCUGGGUGAAAAGCAAGGAUGUCUUCUCCAAGCCCGUCAACAUAUUCUGGGCCUCUGAAGAUUCCGUGCUCGUGGUGAAGGCCCGGCAGCCAAAGCCUUUCUUUGCCGCGGGGAAUACAUUCGAGAUGACUUGCAAAGUGUCUUCCAAGAAUAUUAAGUCGCCACGCUAUUCGGUCCUCAUCACGGCUGAGAAGCCUGUCGGGGACCUCUCCAGUCCCAAUGAAACCAAGUACAUCAUCUCCCUGGACCAGGAUUCCGUGGUAAAGGUGGAGAACUGGACCGACGCGUCGCGAGUAGAUGGCGUUGUGUUGGAAAAGGUUCAAGAGGACGAAUUCCGAUACCGAAUGUACCAGACUCAGGUCUCUGAUGCGGGGCUGUACCGCUGCGUGGUGACAGCCUGGUCUCCGAUUGGGGGCAGCUUGUGGCGAGAGGCUGCGACUAGCCUCUCCAAUCCUAUUGAGAUUGACUUCCAAACCUCAGGUCCCGUGUUUAAUGCCUCCGUGCAUUCAGACACGCCAUCCGUCACCCGGGGAGAUCUCAUCAAGUUGUUCUGUAUUGUCACUGUUGAAGGAGCUGUGCUGGAUCCAGACGACAUGGCCUUCGAUGUGUCCUGGUUUGCGAUACACUCGUUUGGCUUGGACAAGGCUCCCGUCCUCCUAUCCUCCCUGGACCGGAAGGGAGUCGUGACUACGGGCCAGAGGGACUGGAAGAGCACAGUCAGCCUAGAGCGAGUGAGCGUGCUGGAAUUCUUGCUGCAAGUGCACGGUUCUGAGGACCAGGACUUCGGCAACUACUACUGUUCUGUGACUCCGUGGGUGCGGUCACCGACAGGCUCCUGGCAGCGGGAAGCUGAGAUCCACUCCAGGCCCAUCUUUAUAACUGUGAAGAUGGAUGUGCUGAACGCCUUCAAGUACCCUCUCCUGAUCGGCGUGGGCCUGUCCACAGUCAUCGGGCUCCUGUCCUGCCUCAUCGGGUACUGCAGUUCCCAUUGGUGCUGUAAGAAAGAGGUGCGGGAGACUCGCAGGGAGCGCCGCAGGCUCAUGUCCAUGGAGAUGGACUAAGCAGUGGAGACAGGACAGCACGGAGGACCGCUGUAGGAGUGGUGGGGGUGAGAAGAGGACAGUGAGAUUUUUAAAACAAAGUGUGUUACACUAAAACCAGUCCUCUCUAAUCUCAGGUGGGACUCGGCGCUCUCUCUUCUCUGCAUGUCAAGUUGUGAGCGCAGACGGACAUGUUUACCAGCACACGGCUCUUCUUCCCACGGCACUUUCUGAUUUGUAACAAUCGAGUGUGUGUGUCCCCAGCUGCAACUUUUUUAAUGGUUAACCCUGGUCUAAUUAGUUUUCUCCUAGCGGCUUAUCGAUCCUAUGAUCUGUGUGUGUUGAUCGCUUUUGAUUUGAGGGAUUGUGCUGAGGAAGGGUGAAGGCAUUCAGUGUUGGUCGCCAUGAGUGAGAGGGUACCUGCCCACCUGAGAGCCAGCAUCCACAAGGGGGCCAGCACAUGGC